UUUGUGACGUCACAUGCUAUAUACAGUAUUCGAAAUUUAGAUAUGUAGGCCCGGAAAAUUGCUCCUGUUUUAGCAUUUUAUUCAAUUUAGUGAUUAAAAUAGAUAGUGCACAUGUUGCCUGAAGUGACCUAGUGGAUUUAGAGUGUCAUGUUUAAGUGUAUUCCAAUUUUCAAGGCGUGUAAUCGCCAAGUAGAGUGGAUAGACCGGAGACACUGCAACCUACAAUCGGUCCCCGACGAUGUUAUGCGGUAUACCCGAUCGCUGGAGGAAGUAUUUCUAGAUGCAAACAGCAUCAGAGAGUUACCAAAGAACUUCUUUCGGCUGGUUCAGCUGCGUAAAGUUACGCUGAGUGAUAAUGAAAUCGGUAAAUUACCGCAUGAUGUAGCUCAGCUGGUCAACAUGGUCGAAUUGGACAUCAGCAGAAAUGAUAUAGGAGAAAUCCCAGAAAAUAUAAAGUUUUGCAAAAAUUUGCAAGUCCUUGAUAUCAGCAGUAAUCCUCUAGUCACACCGUUACCUUCUGGUAUAACACAGUUACGAAACUUGACCCACCUUGGUCUGAAUGACGUUUCUUUGUCAUGGCUUCCAAAGGACAUUGGCAGUCUGAGCAGCUUGGUCUCACUAGAAUUAAGGGAGAACAUGAUACGACAGUUACCAGCCUCCAUGUCUUUCCUUGUAAAGUUAGAGAGCUUAGACCUGGGUAGCAAUGAACUAGAUGAGCUGCCAGACACGAUAGGUUCCCUACCAGCGCUACAGGAGCUGUGGUUAGACUGCAACGACCUUGCUGAACUACCUCCAGCGUUGGGCAACUUGAAGAAGUUAACACAGAUUGAUGUAUCAGAAAAUGUGUUAGAAUUCAUUCCAGAGGAGAUAUCGGGUCUCUCCAACCUUACUGAUCUCUGUCUUUCACAAAACAAUCUUGAGCGGCUUCCAGAAGGAAUUGGGCAACUGAAGAAACUUGGUAUAAUGAAGGUAGAUUCCAACCGACUCACAGAAUUAACUCCGCAAAUUGGAUACUGUGAAAGUUUAGAAGAAUUGAUUUUAACAGAAAACUUGUUAUCUGAAUUACCUAAUACAAUAGGAAAGUUGAAAAAGAUGACAAACUUCAAUGUUGAUAGGAAUAGACUCACUGAAAUUCCAGUAGAUAUUGGUAAAUGUCAGCGACUGGAUAUUUUAUCAAUGCGAGACAAUCGGUUGCUACGGUUACCACAAGAGCUUGGUAACCUCAAAGAUUUGCAUGUGUUGGAUGUUUCUGGAAACAGGUUGGAGUAUUUACCAAUCACAGUAACAAACUUGAACCUCCGUGCACUCUGGCUGUCAGAAAACCAAGCUCAGCCAAUGCUCAAAUUUCAGACGGACUUUGACGAGCGCACGGGUCAGAAGGUUCUCACAUGCUUCUUACUUCCACAACAGGCAUUCCACACUGAAAGUAUGGAGAAUCUUCUUCAAGGCAGUAUAGCAACAGAUCGUGAUAGUCGUCUCAGCUGGAAGGAUGAGAAACCAGAGAAAGUACGUGAAAGUGUGAUACGCUUCGCAGAGUCAGACAAAGAUGAAGAAGAGGAGAGUGGAGAUGAAGACUUCGAAAAGCCAUUUGUACGUCAUGACACACCACACCCGAGAGAUUUACGGGGAAAACAUCCAAAAUUCAAGGCUACAAAGGGUAUUGAUGGACAUGUUAUACCACAUCAUGAACAGAAAAACCAGGUGAGCUCAUUUGUGCCAAUGAGGGACAGCAGUGCAGAUAUUGAGAUAGAAAUUCCUCCACCCCCAAAACGUGAGAAGCCUCCUGUACCCGAGAGAAAGUCUUCAGUUCGGGAUGAGUCAGUUUUAAGAGCUCCAGAAUUGGAAACAAAGCGACUGGACUCGGAACCUCGUCCAUAUUUUGGUGGAAAGGAGGAGGAAGAGUAUGAAGAAGAACCUCCAAAGGAAUCACAACCAUUGCUACGUGAGGUUACAAUCGUUACUACAACCACUACCAUACCCCAGGUAGCUGCAGAGAUGGAGCAUGAUGAUGAUGCUGAUGAGGAGGAGGAGGAGGAGGAGAAUGAAGAAGAAGAGGAGGGUGAUGAAGGGACCGACGAGGCAGAUCAGGAGGGGGAACAUGAGGUUGAGGAAAGUCAAGAGGAGGAUGAAGACAUGGAAGACGAUGAUUACACGUAUCAGGAAAGGACUGUAGGUUUUACACAGGAUUUCGAUUUCGAUGAAGAUGAACGUAAAACACCACUUCGUAGGCGAGAUACACCCCAUCACAAAAAAGGCAAAAGGAUUGUCAUAUCAGAUGAUGCAAAAGAUAGAGUCCUGGAAAUUCUGGCAAAAACAUCACAAAAGGAGCAAGAGGAGCAAGAAAUUAUAGAAGAGGAAUACACAAUAAAUAUCCACAGGGAGCCGGGACAGGGUCUAGGGAUCAGUAUAGCUGGGGGUAAGGGCUCAACCCCAUACAAGGGUGAAGAUGAGAGUAUAUUUAUUUCGAGAGUUUCGGAUGAUGGUCCAGCUGGUUUAGCAGGAAUAAAAGUAGGAGACAAACUGAUGUCUGUAAAUGGUAUAGUUCUUCAUGACUCAGAUCAUUAUGAGGCAGUCGAUGUAUUGAAGAGCAGUGGUAAUGACAUUACAAUGGUUGUUGGCCGUGAAACAAUUGUCAUACGCAAGGCAGAAGAUGAAGAGGAGGAAGAUGAAGUAACAGAAGAACAAAUUCAGGCUCAGGAUGAUGUGACUACACAUUUGGAGGCAGAGAAGGCUACUGAACCUGUCAUGGCUGAACCUGUCAUGGCUGAGCCUGUCAUGGCUGCCAGUUUCGCAACAGUUACUUUCGAACCUGAGCCUGGAACAGAUGUUUAUGGUGAAAAGUUAGAAACUGUGUUGUAUAGAGAUGCUGGUGGCCUUGGCUUCAGUAUCGCAGGUGGCAGGGGUUCUGUCCCAUACAAAGGAAAUGAUAAUUUACAUCAGUCUGAUGAUCCUUCUAGAAACAGAGCAAUUUACAUAUCUCGUAUAGUGGAAGGGGGACAGGCUGCCCGGGAUGGCAAGUUACAAGUUGGUGAUAAAAUUCUCUCGAUAAAUGGUGUGGACCUAACUGAUGCAAGACAUGAUCAGGCAGUCAGCUUGCUAACUGGUGUUGAUCGUGAAAUCAAACUUGUUGUUUACCGAGAGAAAAUUGUUGACAAAGAGGAAGCAGCACGUGAACCUCCAAAGGGUGAUAAAGUGGUUAAUUUUUCACAACCAAGGAUUAUUUGGAAUAAAACUGUAGCUACAACUAUUCCAGCAGAAACAAUUACAUUUAGUCCAACAGCACCAGUUCAUACAGAUGAAAUUACAGUGGAUGUUUCACACCAAAAUGAGAGUGCUUCACCACCCAGUGCAUCACCUAAGACCCCCGAGUCUCCUCCACCACUUCCACUUGCCCCAGCCCCAGUUAUAACGCCACAAGCACACGAGUUACCAUCUCCCUAUGCAUCGGCUAUCCCUUCAUCCUACAACUAUCCAUCCCAGAGUUCUCCCCCUGCACAAACUAUGAAUCAAGUUGCGUCGCCAUCACUGAGCCCUCGUACUUUAUCGUCAGAUUGGAAUUCACCCCCAGCUGCAAUUCAACCUCCGAAAUUCCAAUAUCCAGGUUUUAAUCGCCCUGGAUCACGAACUUCUGGUUCGGAACGUAAAGACAGUGCAACAAAAAAGGAUAGUUCUAAUAUGAAUAAUGUUUCGCCAUUAUCAAAUAGCAUACCUUACUCUGUUAAUAGUGUAAAUAUAAACAAUAAUACAUCUAGUGAUAAAGAGACAGACUCUGGUCAUCGGACAGUGACCUUGGAAAAACAAACUAUUCAAAUGACUAAACCUCCACCUCCAGUUGAACCAGUGGCCAAUCAUGUAGACUCUUAUGUUGAUAGUAAAUAUCCACUUGAAGACUGUGUUAUAGUUAAAGCAGGCGGACCAUUAGGUUUAAGUAUUGUAGGUGGUAGUGAUCAUUCAAGUUCUCCAUUUGGUGAAGAUGAACCAGGAAUCUUUGUUUCAAAGAUUGUACCUGAUGGGGCAGCAUCAAGAACCAACCUACAUAUAGGUGAUAGAAUCCUCGAAGUGAAUGGUAAAGAUAUGAAGAAUGCGACACAUCAGGAAGCUGUCAUGGCUCUUAUAGCUCCAACGUAUGAAAUAAGGGUCAAAGUUCGACAUGACCCACCACCUAAAGGCCUACAGGAGCUGACAGUGGUGAAGAGACCAGGUGAGAAAUUAGGAAUGUCCAUCAAGGGAGGAGUGAAAAAUUUCCCUGGUGACGAAAGCAAUGAUGAAGGAAUAUUUAUAUCCAGGAUCACAGAUGAUGGGGCUGUGUCGAGAGAUGACAGACUUAAAGUAGGUCAGCGAAUACUUGAAGUAAAUGGGCAGAGUCUUCUGGGUUCCACUCAUCAGGAGGCUGUGCGAGCGCUGCGCAGUGUUGGAGACCGCCUAGUUAUUAUGAUCUGUGAUGGUUUUGAUCCGGCUUCACUGGAUGAACCAUCACCAGAUACACCAAGCUCGCCGCUCGGAUACAUCCCACAGAUGAGAAAAGAUUCGGCAACCAACAUUGACAGGGAAGAUGCUGAACAUCUCCUUCUUAAGAAGGAACAAGAACUUGUGAAGGAAACUUUACAGUGGGAGAAAGAGGAACUCGCACGUCUGGAGAAGCAAAGAUUAGAAAGAGAGGAGCAGGCCAAACAGGUAGAGGAGCAAGCCAAAAUUCUCCAGCUAGAACAUGAACAAAUCAAAGGGCCUGAACUUCCUCAACAGACUGUGAUUGCCCCUAAAGUGCCUCAGGAAUCCCCUGCCCCAUGUACAGCCCCUAGUGAACAGCUGCUGGUCAAGCCUACCCCUCCGGUAUAUGGCGGGUCGAAGCCUAUUGCGAGAGAGGGUGGUUCAUUUAAUACAAAGAAGAGGUUCUUUGAAAUGGAAAUGCAUGAACAAAAUAAAGUGGACAAAACUCAGGCCAAACCAUUCAGAUAUUUUUCGGAGCAUGAACUUGCUAAAAUGAGAAAAGAAGAAGCUGACAAAGCAUUGAGAAUGUCGAAGGAGGAGCUAUUAACGAAGGUGUCCGAGUCUGUGGGCAGUGGUGAUGAGGAAUACAACAAAGUUCUCUCUAGUCCCCCAAAUGUGAUGCGAACACUGGACCCCUCGAAGGCCCAUACCCCUCCAAAUAAUGUCCAGUCAACACCUGGGUCGCUGCAAGGUCAUAAGUUAUCACCAGCAGAAGAACGGGCCUUGCAGGCUGAACAAAGGGCCGCCUCACGGCAGGCUAGGAUGAAGGAUUUAGAGGAUGAUGCAAUACGAGCUCAAGCUGUCAUUGCUAAAGCUCAAGAACUUCAGAAUGAUGAUGGUAAAUCUACCAAGGCAGCCAGUAAUCAGAAUGGUGAAUCUGAGGUGGAGGUUACCAAAAGACAAAUAAUAGAGCUCAACUUAGAUGAUAGUUCUCCAAUGAAUAGUUCAAAUGAAAGUCGGUAGUGGUGUAUUACCCAAUUACCCUGGUGUUCAUCAGCUAUAGAAGGUUCCUUACAGGCUACCACAAUAAAGUUUUAUCCAGGAUGGUAUGCAGCACUGUUGAAUACAACACUGAGUACUUGAUUAAGGAAUUGAAUCAAAAUUGCAGUAGUCUGUCUAAAUAGAGAUUUCCUUUUGGAUACAAGAAUAAAAUGCUAUACCUAGUGCCAUUUUCCAUGCAUCGAAAAAUGGCUGAGAAGUGUGGAAGGAUAAUACAGAAGUUGGUGUGAAUGUUGCCUAGUGAAGCUGAGGGAUCAAUCAGGGUUAUAUCAUGUCAUCUUAUAGAUAACACACACUACUGCUUAGGAGAUGCCUUACUCAUACAGUCUCUAACACCCCCUGUAUAGUUCAACAAUAACCAUUUCUCGUGUUUUUAUACAAUACAAGGCACACUUUUAUAGACUUUAAGUACCACAUAAAUUGUGUUUAAAUAAAUUACUGUUUGUUACACUGAAUUACCAGUAAAAAAAGUGAUAGAUGAAUUUUUGUUACAGAGGUUGUCCUAGGAUUUUAUGUUCUUGUAUUUUAAUUUAUUUUACUGAAAUGCAUUGUUUAUGAUAAAGUGUUGCAGUGGGGGACAUUUUGAUAUUGGUCAUUUGUCUGUCUGUCCUGGCUGUACCUUUCUACCCCUGUGAAGGAUUCUCAAACUAGGACAUAUCAUUUUUUAAGUUUUAUGUUUCCAUUACAUAUUUGCAGAAUGUAAAUUUCACUCAUUAUCGGGUCAAAUUCAAGGUGGUACAGUGGGGAGGUCAUGUAGGAAGUAUUUCAUGUGUUUUAAACCCCUUGAAGGAUAAUAUACUUAAUGAGUAGUACUCGGUGAUGGUUGAAUAAUUACAUACUGACAAAGUUGGGUUUGUGUCUUUUCUGUAACACUUUAAUUACUGGAACAUCUAUUCAAACAUGCAUUGCAACAUUGUAGCCAAAUUGCAUGUCCGAAAUUACAAACACAUGGCAGAUAUGUUCAUAAAUUGUUCUUGUUUAGUACUAUUGUAAUACAGUCGGAUUUAGUUCACUUUUUGGAUCAAAAUCUUAUUGACAUUAAAAACGUUUGCAAAAGGUCACCAUCAGAAUCUAUCAUGUGCAUGAAAGAACAUUAUGGCCCCUUGUCUGAAAUAAUUUACAUGCGGAAAUAUUGAUAAAACAAAAAUACCAGAAUUAGGUUUACUUCCAAAUUAUAUCUUUUUAAAUUAGAAAAAAAAUUUGAAAAGGAUUUAGAUUUCAAAACACUAACAACAGCAAAUAAUAGUAACUUCAUCUUAGUAAUGUAAAUUGUAACGGCCCAAUUAUACGCACUUUAAGACUGCAAAUUAUUCCAUUUAUUUACAAAUAUGUGAAAGUUAACUUUAGUAUUUGCUCCCAUUCUUAAUUUUAAUGAAAGUGCAGUGGAAGAAGGCAAGCCCAUGGUAUUGGGGUGAAUAAUGUUCAAUGGAAAAAGUCUUUUAGUUAAGUUUUUUAAGUUUCUUUAAACAUGAGGUGAACUAAAAAAAAUUAUCUUUAGGUGUUGCAUUAUUUUUCAUGGAUUUUUUUGCCAGUGUUUGUCUGGUGUUACCACUUGACCUCAACCUGAAUGUGGUAAAUAAGGAAUUAUACAGCAGCUUUUUCAAAUGUGAAUCUUUUUGAAGGAUGUUUUGUUUUGUUUUAUUUUAUGCUACAAAAAUCACUUACUUUGAAACUUCACGUGUAUUAUUUGAAUGUUAAGACUUGCAUUGUCUGGCCAUGGGUUUAUUAUGGAAAUGUGAUAAGUAGAAACGUGUACCGGUAUAUCUGUAUGUUAACUGCUGUGUGAAUGUGCUUUGUUUUUCACAAUAUAUUUCAAUUUGACUACAUAUAUAUUUUAUCCAUAUUGUAUCCGUGAUAAAACUUUGUUAUACAGGAAUGAAUUAAAAAGCUAAACAAAUUUACUAAAUAUAAUUUGUGGUAGCUCAUACUCUCUUUUCAUAUGUAAGCAGUUGUGUUCAAAUGAAAUAUACUCCUAUCUGGGGUGUUUUUAAUGUAUUAAAUCCAGUUUGUGAGAAGAUAAGGUAAAUUUGCUGUAGUCCUGUUAUGCUGUAUGUAUUAUAUUAAUGCACCUGGUUAAGUAAAAAUUUUGUUGUAUACAUUUCAUGUUUGGUUUACAUAAAAUUUUAAUUAAACAGAAAAAAGAGCCUUGUAUAAAAAAAAGUAAAUAUAUUCAAAUUUGAAAUGCAUUUUGUUUAUUUAAAUUGAGUUGACGUGUAAAUCAGAGAUUUAGGAUGACAGUCGGGCAGUUAGUAAUUCAAAAACAACCUAUAAUAUUAUUGGAAUCCUUCAUAUUUCCAGUUAUUACAGUAUUAUACACAGUCAAAUAAAUACAUUGUUUUAUUUAGAUUAUAACAUAUCAAAUAUAAAGCUUAAAACAUAUCUGAUUAAUUUUGACCUGAUUAUUUGUUUGUGAAAACUGAAUGACCAGCUUCUGCAUGAGUUACCAGGUGGUUGUGGGUAAUAUACAGACAAAAUUUAGGUGAAUAUCCAAAGUGUUUAAAUGUAUCUAAACAUGAUGCAGAACAUAAUAAUAACCUUUUCUUAAACACUUUCCAUGAGGAAUGACUCAUUGUUGAAAUUCUAAUUUGGGGAUUUUUUUAAAAAGAAAACUAAAAAAAAGAGGACUGUUGUAAAAUGUAUGUUAGUGACAAACAGUGAUAUAGUGAGGAGCAUGUGGUAUAUAAUAGAAUAACAGCAGCAGUAAUCCUAAUGUGUGAGUAUAAUGUUGUAUGUUUUCUGUUGUACAUAUAGGAGAUGAGAAAUACGCUUUAAUAGAUUAAAUAACAGUGCAAUAGCCUCAAGUUAUUUCUACAGUAAAAUGUAUCUUGAAACAAAUUGAUUGAAAAUAUCAGCAUUUAAUGUUAUUAGGUUAUCUCUAGCUAAUAUAUGUUAUAAGUAUUAAAUACAGUUUAGCGUAACAUUACUGCAAGAAUGUUUGUGAAAGAUUUGUUUUAGGAUAUUGAAUUUAACAUUAUCAUUCUACAAGAAUAUGUAUACUUUAAGGCAUUACUGUAUGUCACAUUGUUUUUAGCUCAUCUGAUUUUUUGAAAAAAAAUGAUGAGUUAUUGUCAUCACUUGAGCGGUUGUCGGCGUCGGCGUUGGCGUCUGCGUCGGUGUUGCCUGGUUAAGUUUUAUGUUUAGGUCAGCUUUUCUCCUAAACUAUCAAAGCUAUUGCUUUGAAACUUGGAAUACUUGUUCACCAUCAUAAGUUGACCCUGUACAUCAAGAAACAUAACUCCAUCUUGCUUUUUGCAAGAAUUAUUGCCCCUUUUGGACUUAGAAAAUCAGUUUUCUUGGUUAAGUUUUAUGUUUAGGUCAGCUUUUAUCCUAAACUAUCAAAGCUAUUGCUUUAAAACUUGCAACACUUGAUCACCAUCAUAAGCUGACCCUGUACAGCAAGAAACAUAACUCCAUCCUGCUUUUUUCAAGAUUUAUGGCCCCUUUUGGACUUAGAAAAUAUCAGAUUUUUUGGUUAAGUUUUAUGUUUAGGUCAACUUUUUCUCUUAAACUAUCAAAGCUAUUGCUUUAAAACUUGCAGCUCUUGUUUACCAUCAUAAGCUGACCCUGUACAGCAAGCAACAUAACUCCAUCCUGCUUUUUGCAAUAAUUAUUGCCCCUUUUGGACUUAGAAAAAUCAUUUUCUUGGUUGAAUAUUAUGUUUAAGUCAAGUUUUCUCAUAAACUAUCAAAGCUAUUGCUUUAAAACUUGCAACAGUUUUUCACCAUCAUAAGUGGACACUGUACAUCAAGAAACAUAACUCUAUCCUGCUUUUUGCAAGAGUGAUGGCCCUUUUUAGACUUAGAAAAUCAUGGGUAGGACAAUAUUUCUAUUAUACAAAAAAAAUCAGAUGAGCGUCAGCACCCGCAAGGCGGUGCUCUUGUUUAACAUGUAACAGCUGACUGGCAGGUUACAAUUUUUUAUAUUUACAACUUAAAGUGAUCUAAAACGUCUGUACUUUAAUAAUAGCAAUUCUUCACCCGUCACUGUACAUAUAGAAAGUUUCUAACAUACACUUAUGUAUGUUUUUAUACACAAGUUUGGAUAUAUGUGCAAGUAUUUUUAUGUCAAAUGUUAUGAAAAAAAACCAGACUUGUAUUUUUGAACAUCCGUCCAUAGUAAAAUAUGAGAGAAAAUGACCACACAUUGUUCCCUUACAUUAAUCAGCAAACCCUUUAGAGAUUUUUAACUGCUGCAUUUUUAUUAAUUAUUAAAAAGUUGUGGUGAGAGGGAAGUCAGUGUUAACACCCAAGAUUCCAAAAUAUUCAUCUGUUUUUUCAUGAUCCAAAAUUAUAUGUACAUAAUUAUGUAGCAAAAUAGAGGAGUGUUGUAAAAUGUAUAUAAGAGACAAACACAUUGGGAAAUAAAACCAGCUUUCUUAGCUGUUGUUUUCAAAAUUGGCCUAAAUCUAGCCGAGUGGAAGUGAGUGUAGCUGUAAGCAUUAUACAAACCAGAUACCCUAGUCCUUCCGCUUUACUUUCAUUUGGCCUAUCUUAUGUUGUAGAGUAAAAACAGCAUUUUGAAUUGUAAAAUAGCAGUAAAGUUUGAUACUAAGUGUAAAAAAAGUACCCAGAAUGCAAAUAAGAUUUUUGUCAAAGUAGCAUGAAAACAUGCUGGUUGUUAUAAUAUGAUGGAUUAAGAAAAGUAACUUUGCCUAGCAUUAUCAUUCAUUGAAAAUAAAUUUUUCUUUGUAUAUGCUUUGCUUAUUCAGAUGUACCAUGUUGUUAUUCCUUGCUAUAGUUCCUUUGCCCUUCAUUUCCUUGUGAGUCCAUAGUUUGCUCUGGACGACAACACUUAGGAAUUGUGUAGAGAACCUCUUUUGUUAAAUUUUGAAUUUGUAUUUUUAAAUUUUGAUAUUUUAAGAACACUGAUUUUAUAGUUGAAAUAUCAGUGUUAUGCAAAGUUUUAGUUUUAAUCAAGAUUUUAGACUAUUUUAUUUUAGAGUACCUGUUCUUAUUUCUUUCACACAUUUUUACUUGACUCUAUCAUGAUUAAAAUAACAUCAGUCUGUCAAGCAGUCAAUUUAUUGUGAAUUUCUAGGUCCUGUACAGACCAGAGAGCUAGUUUAGUAAGGCAAGUUUUAAAGUGUUAUUUUUAAUUUGCUUUAACAUACUGUUGGGCUCCAGUUUUUGCUUGUAUCAUGAGAGUUAAUAUUUAAUGUAGCACAAAAUACUUGGUCUGUUAUGUAGAAAAGCUUCUUUUGUAAAUGCUUAUUGUAAUUUUUAAAUGAUACUUCUUUCCUGUAUAUGUAAUGACCUAUUAGUGUGUUUACCUGGAGCAGAUCCAUACCUAUGAAAUAUGUCAAAAGGAAAAAAAAAAAGGUAAUUACUGGUGUACUUGUGUCAUACUUUAUUAUUUCAAAGAGAAAGUUUCUGUAAAGCAUGUUAGCUGUUACUUUAGUUUAACAGUUUACUGUAUAUCUUCAUCUGUAGGUAACUUCAUACUCAUACUGUAAACAAAAUACUUGUUUUACAUUGAUUUUUAGGAAAACAUUGUUGGUAAUUUUAUCCAGAUUCCAGCACAAGCUUGAAAUUAUGAGGUACACGAUGGGUCUCAUCUCACAGUUUAACGUGGAAACACUCUGUAUGACCAUAGGUGUUUUUAUGAGUUUAAAACCAUUGCAAAAAAAAACUUUUAAAGGCUGUUUCUCGGAUUUUUGUCAGCUAAUAGAUAUGUUUGAAACUUACUCAACUCAUCAUUUGCACUUCUUUGUCUUCACUCUGUUCUCAAUAUGUGUUAGAUUUUCACUGGAGGUUUUUUUUUAGAAUUUUAUUUUCCUUUCAGGUUACCCAACCAAGAUACUGUUAUUUAAACAUAAGUAGAACUUUGAUAAACCUUCAUGCCUAAGGAAUGAUAGGAAUAUAAGAACUAUAUAUCAUAUCUGUCAAAGAUUUGCAUUGACAAGUAUAUACUAUUCCGAAAUUCAUUAGAAAUGCAAGUUUAUAAAAUUAUUAUUACGUCCCUUUGCUUAUCAAGAUAGCUUGAAGAUAGAUGAAUUUGAAAGCUGCAUGCUGUUUUCAAGAACAUCCCGAUAUCUUUCAGAUGUAUAUGUCUAACUAUAUAUUAUAUUGAAAUCAAAAGAAAGAAAGUAUGGUCUAGUAGGGAUCCAAGUGUAUGUAAAGAGCCUUUUUGUUCCUUAAGUAAAUCUCUUAACUAACAGAGUAUAGGAAAACAUAAAAAAGUCAAAAUGUUGCUUAAAUCAGAUUGACCAGCUUUGAUUGCCAGUACAAAUGGCUUAAUGUUGGCAUUCUUUAGUUUUGUUAGUUGAAGAAAGUGUAUAAUGAUCACAUACAUUGUUCUGCAAAACAUUUCAAACACUGUUCAGCAUGUAUUUUUGUGUUGUUUGUGUUUUUGUUAACCUUGGCAUCAUAAUCAUUGUAAAUGAAGUAUUUGUGUAUUUUCUUUUCAGCUCAAAUGUUUUUCCUUUUCCUUGUAUUGUUUAUGCAGAAAUAUUAGAUAUCUCAUUUUCAGUUCAUUCUUCUUUGGUAAUACCAUGUGAUAGUAAGCAUGUGUCUCACUACCACAAGUAAGUUCAGCUUCAACAAAAAUCAUUGUUAGUUCAGGUAAAAUAAAAGCCCUGUACAGAGCUAAAAAUAUACUAACAGCAGCAGUGCGUAAAAUAUUUUUUAACAACUACAUGUAUAUGGAUUUUUUAUUUUAAGUAAAAUAAAUCAGUUGUUAGAGUAGCAGAUGAGAAUUGAUCAAUUUUACAUGAUGUUGAAUUGGCCAUUUGUUAUAUAUAAACGUAGGUUGUAGGCAAGGAGAAGUUGCUCCUAACUGAACUACUUAUUCCUGCAUUAGAUUGUUCAGUUUAAGCACAGUAUUUUCUCAAAUUCAAGAUGAAAUUUGUACAGAAAUUGUGAGAUUGGAGGAGUGGGUGCUUGUUUCAAAAAGAACAAAUGGUUUAUAAAUACUUGUUAUUAAAUUGUGUAUAAAUAUUAGAAUUCUUAUUUAAUGAUAAUGCUUAUUUAAUGGUAAUGACUAUUAUGUAAAUACUAACUUGCAACAAAACAGGCUAUAUACAAUCAAUAGUUCAAUACUGAAAUAUUCCACAGAUUAGCAUGAGAAUAUAGUAAACAAAAUCUGAAAACUUUACACUACAAUAGAAUACAUUUGCUGAAUGGCUUCUUGGUCAGUAGUCAGAUUGUUUUAAUUUUUGACAGGCAAGCCAUUCAGUAAGAGUUUUAUUACAUGAGGUCAGAAAGAAAUUUCAGUUAGUUAUUUAUUCAAGUUUUGACUUCAGCCCAACAAAAUAUGAUGUGAAACUUUCAGCUAGUCAUAUAGCAUUAACUAUUGACUGGCAGUUUAUAUAAGGAGUCAUGUAAUAAUUGUCUUUACUGAAUUAUGAAAAAGUCUAUAUAAUUAACUGAAUUGAUAAAUAUUUUAAGAACUGAUAUGUGUAAUCCAUAGAAACUGGUUUUUAUAAUGUUUGAUUCUUUCAAUUUACCUAUAAUGAUUGCAUUGAAUAGCAUUUACAUAAAGCCAGGCACAUAAAGAAACUGAUUUAAUGUGCCAUGCAAGUUGGUAUUGAUUUGAAAGUUCACAGUAGCAGUAAGCACAUGAAAAAAUCUUUCACUGCCUGUUUUAAAGGUAGGUAGAAACCCAACCUGUUUUAUCUGUAAACUUUAACUUGUGCAAGAAGUAAUUUAAAUGGGCAAUAGCAGACACUUUUUGUGUAGAUACUAAAACUGGUAAUUUUGUUUUAAAAACAGAGAGAAAACCUGCAUGAUUAUUACCUUAAAGUUGCCCAGUGUUGAAUGUAUUGAAAGGUUGCAUGUCUUUACUGCUACUGGGUAUACUGUUAUUAAAUUUGGGUUUGGAAAAAAUAUCGUUCAUUUGUAACUAAUUUGCUUUAUAGAUCUGUACAUUAUAAAUAAUAAAAUAUAUGACCCAA